CUUUAUGAACACCAUAACAAGUCAACUGUUGAGUAUAUAAACUUCUGCACUCAGGAACUGAAACAGACUGGAAGAGGAACGGAUCCAUCAUGUGGGCUCUCGUGUUCCUUUGCAGUGUGCUCACACACAGUGUGCAAGCUCAGACAACAUGGAAAAUGGAAAUUGCAUCAGCUGGUGCAGUUUCCAACUGUGGAGGGUACCUGUAUAGCAGCAGUGGCAAUUUUAUGAGCCCCAACUAUCCAAACAACUACCCAAACAACUUAGACUGUGUGUGGUACAUUAGACCAGGCAGUCAGAUUAUUCAGCUGGACUUCUAUGAUGUAAGCACUGAGUGUAGAUAUGAUGAUAUCUACGUCUAUGAUGGCAGCAGCACUGGAGACAGGCUACUGGGGCGUUUCUGUAACACAAGCAGCACCAUCUUACACUCCACCGGCUCUUAUCUGACUGUACGCUUCAGGACCGAUGGUAGCAUCAUAAAUAAAGGAUUCCAUGCAAGCUACAGAGUAGUGUCUCGAGGAUUGUGUAAAUACAACUGUGGCUACCAGGUUGGGCAGUGCUCAUGUUCUUCAGGCUGUGAAAACAGAGGAAACUGCUGCUCAGACUACCAAACGUACUGUAGCUCAACCACUGACACGCCUGUAACAGCUCAGCCAUCAUGUCGCCACAACUGUGGUUACAACAUGGGGAGCUGCUCCUGUGCAAGCUCCUGUCAGUACUAUGGCAACUGUUGUCAUGACUACAAUGAUUACUGUCAUCAAACCACUCAUCGCCCGGUCGGACCCACCACAGUUUCCAACUGUGGAGGGUACCUGUAUGGCAGCAGUGGCAAUUUUAUGAGCCCCAACUAUCCAAACAACUACCCAAACAACUUAGACUGUGUGUGGUACAUUAGACCAGGCAGUCAGAUUAUUCAGCUGGACUUCUAUGAUGUAAGCACUGAGUGUGGAUUUGAUUACAUAUACGUCUAUGAUGGCAGCAGCACUGGAGACAGGCUACUGGGGCGUUUCUGUAACAGCACCAUCUUACACUCCACCGGCUCUUAUCUGACUGUACGCUUCACGACCGAUGGCAGCGUCACAAAGACAGGAUUCCGUGCAAGCUACAGAGUCGUGUCUCGAGGAUUGUGUAAAUACAACUGUGGCUACCAGGUGGGGCAGUGCUCAUGUUCUUCAGGCUGUGAAAACAGAGGAAACUGCUGCUCAGACUACCAAACGUACUGUAGCUCAACCACUGACACGCCUGUAACAGCUCAGCCAUCAUGUCGCCACAACUGUGGUUACAACAUGGGGAGCUGCUCCUGUGCAAGCUCCUGUCAGUACUAUGGCAACUGUUGUCAUGACUACAAUGAUUACUGUCAUCAAACCACUCAUCGCCCGGUCGGACCCACCACAGUUUCCAACUGUGGAGGGUACCUGUAUGGCAGCAGUGGCAAUUUUAUGAGCCCCAACUAUCCAAACAGCUACCCAAACAACUUAGACUGUGUGUGGUACAUUAGACCAGGCAGUCAGAUUAUUCAGCUGGACUUCUAUGAUGUAAGCACUGAGUGUGGAUUUGAUUACAUAUACGUCUAUGAUGGCAGCAGCACUGGAGACAGGCUACUGGGGCGUUUCUGUAACAGCACCAUCUUACACUCCACCGGCUCUUAUCUGACUGUACGCUUCACGACCGAUGGCAGCAUCACAAAGACAGGAUUCCGUGCAAGCUACAGAGUCGUGUCUCGAGGAUUGUGUAAAUACAACUGUGGCUACCAGGUGGGGCAGUGCUCAUGUUCUUCAGGCUGUGAAAACAGAGGAAACUGCUGCUCAGACUACCAAACGUACUGUAGCUCAACCACUGACACGCCUGUAACAGCUCAGCCAUCAUGUCGCCACAACUGUGGUUACAACAUGGGGAGCUGCUCCUGUGCAAGCUCCUGUCAGUACUAUGGCAACUGUUGUCAUGACUACAAUGAUUACUGUCAUCAAACCACUCAUCGCCCGGUCGGACCCACCACAGUUUCCAACUGUGGAGGGUACCUGUAUGGCAGCAGUGGCAAUUUUAUGAGCCCCAACUAUCCAAACAGCUACCCAAACAACUUAGACUGUGUGUGGUACAUUAGACCAGGCAGUCAGAUUAUUCAGCUGGACUUCUAUGAUGUAAGCACUGAGUGUGGAUUUGAUUACAUAUACGUCUAUGAUGGCAGCAGCACUGGAGACAGGCUACUGGGGCGUUUCUGUAACAGCACCAUCUUACACUCCACCGGCUCUUAUCUGACUGUACGCUUCACGACCGAUGGCAGCGUCACAAAGACAGGAUUCCGUGCAAGCUACAGAGUCGUGUCUCGAGGAUUGUGUAAAUACAACUGUGGCUACCAGGUGGGGCAGUGCUCAUGUUCUUCAGGCUGUGAAAACAGAGGAAACUGCUGCUCAGACUACCAAACUUACUGUGGAGGAAACACAACAGUGCCAUGUGGAGGCUCUUUGUUUGGCUCUGGCAACUUCUCGAGUCCCAACCACCCCAGUUACUACUACGACAAUGCCUACUGUGUUUGGCAGCUCAGAACCACAGAUGACCAAAGAAUCUUCCUGUCGUUCACAUAUGUACAACUGGAGAACUGCUGCUACUGUGACUACAUUGCAAUCUACGACGGGCCGUCUGUUUCUUCCCCACUUUUGGGGAAAGUGUGCGACGACAACAGAAGCGUGUUCUACUCUUCAUCCAACUACAUGACUGUGGUCUUCAGGACGGAUGGUUCAGUGGUGGGCCGAGGGUUCAAGGCUGACUUCAUGAGCAGCUUACAAACAAGCUCAGGUCGAGUGGACUGCUCUUUGGACAACAUGAACAUUGUGAUCGAGAAGUCCUACCUGAACUCUCUGGGUUACGACGGUCACAGUUUGUUCCUAUAUGAUCCACACUGCAGACCACAGGUUUCCAUGUACCAGGUGGUCUUCAGUUUCCCCCUUAACACUUGUGGCAACAUCAGACGGUCUGUAGGCGACAGAAUUUUGUACACCAACUCCAUCAGCGCCUACACCUCCACACAAGGCCAAAUAACACGCCAAUCCCACCUCAGGAUGAACGUCACCUGCCUGAUGGAACCGGACUCUACGUCCCAGAUUGCAUUUAUUGUUGAUCAUGGGACUAACAGCAGCAUUACUGGAUCGGGCAGAUACAACACCAGCAUGGCUUUCUACACCUCUAGCAGCUUCUAUGAAAAGGUGACUCAGGUACCUUACAAAGUGUCACUCAACCAGUACCUGUACGUGCAAGUGGGUCUUAGAUGGAAUGACAGCAAUCUUAUCCUCUUCCUUGACACGUGUGUGGCCUCCCCAACGCCUUUUGAUUUCCACACUAGAGUGUACUAUUUGGUCCGUGACGGAUGUCCUGUUGAUGACACCUACCACCCAAUCACUACUGCCCAGUCUGUGGCCCGGUUCUCUUUUAGAGCCUUCCAAUUCCUACGAGCCUCAGAAGCAGUGUACAUCCAGUGCAAGGUCGUGAUAUGCCCUGCCUCAGACAGCAACUCCCGCUGCCGCCGUGGCUGCAGCAGGCGAGCUGCCAGAGGGCUGGAGUCAGAACACGAGAGCCAAACUCUGGUCGUGGGUCCCAUUCAACUCAAUGACUCUGAGAAGAAAAAGGAAGAGCCUGAAAAUCAAAACAAGGCUUAACUUGACAUUGCAAUGACCUUGUCCAUUUACCUUUCUCCUCUUUUCAUUAAGAUUCCUAAACAUAGUCACUUUUUCUUUAUCACUGACUUACCUGAUUAAAUGCUUCAUCAAAGACAA